UGCCAAAUCUGCCUAAAAACUUUCCCAAGAGAAUACCACCUCAAACUCCACCAGACCAUUCACUGUAUGGAAAAACCCCACAAAUGCCAGAGAUGCCAUAAGACAUUUAAAACCCGCUGGCUGGCCUCCAGACACGCCUCGAAAACCCAC